UAAAAUAAAAUUGUGUAAAAUUGUUUAAUUUUAUAAUAUUUUUCAAAAAAAAAAACAUAAAUUUAAAAUGAAAUUUUUAAAAAUUUUAACUUAUAUAUGUUGCAUAUUAUUAUUUAAAAAAAUCAAAAUAAAUUUAGCACAUGAUUUAGAAGAUUUAUCCUGUAUUGGUAAUUCAAUUGAAACAUAUCAAAAUAAUAAAUGCUUUGAAAAAUCAAAUAAUCCAUUAUAUACAUCCUUAAAUACAUUUGAUUGGAGAUCAUUAUUUCCAAGAAAAUAUAGUAAAACAACACUAUAUGCAUUUGAUGGCCGAUUAAGAAAUUUUGAUAAUGAUUUAAAAUUAAAAGUUGGUGAUUUAAUACAAUGUGAGAUCAUUGAACAUGAUAAUGAUUAUAAUUCGGGUGAAAUAAAUGUAACAACUACACAUUCAAAUGAUCAUACAUAUUUUGUAUCACCACAAGAAAAUUGUUUUUCAUUUAGAGUAAGAGCUAAAACUGCUAUUAUUGGAUUAAGUGGUAAUCCAAUAAGAUCAAAUAUGAUUAUUGAAUUAGUUUUACAAGCUGCUGGUAAUUCAUAUAUACGAAAAGGAUCAAAAUUUGAAACUGUAACACAAGUUAAUAUACCACAUAUUGUUGAUGAAGGUGAAUAUCGUGGUUUUUGGAUAAAAUGGAAUUCAAUUGGUGUUAUUGAAAUUGGACGGGAUGAUGAUAUUUUACCAUUUUUAACAUAUAAAGAACAAAAUAUGUUUCCAAUUAAUUAUGUUGGUAUACAUACAUGGGAACAUCCUGGUAAUUGGAUUCUUAAUUUUGAUGAGUGUCCAGGAAAAAUUUCAACUCAAAAUCAAUUCACAGAUACAAGAUGUGUUCGUUUACCAACAAAGGAUCGUCCAUCAUUAUUAAUUACUUCUGUGAAAUUACAAAAAGAAUUAUUAGAACAAUUGGAAGAUGAUCAUGAAACAUUUGAGAAAACAGAUCGUAAAAAAACUAAAACAUUUUUAGAUGGAACUGUUCGAGAAUUAAAAAGAAAUUUUGAACAUUCAGAAGAUUUACAUAAUAAAAUAUUUUUUAGUGAUGCAGAAGAUGAUGAUGAAAUUUCUAGAGAAAAAUAUAUGAAAGAGAAAAUUUUUGAAAAAAUUAAAAAUAUUUUUUAUAAUUUUAUGGAAGAUUUAGAUGAAGAAUAUGAAAAACUUGAAAAUUCAACAUAAUUCCAUUUUUAUUUUACAUACCUAAAGAUAAAGAAAAAAAUUAAUAAUAAUUUUUAAUUAAAUGUUCUGUAUAUAUUUAUUCAAUAUUAUUUUUAAUUGAAAUUAAAAUUUAUGAAUUAAUAAAGUUAUAUAAUAAUAAUAAGUAAUAAUUUACAAAGAAAAAUGAAUAAUUUCACUUUAAAUUAGAAAUAUUUGCAAGUACACACAAUCGCUAUAAAACAACUUCCUCUUGGUUAGAAUAUUUACACAUACUUGUGUAUUAUUUUCGUUUUAACUUAUUUAAGUAAAUAUUUAUUGUACUCAUUUAAAAAACCCAAAAAUAUUUUAACAAAAAUUUAACUAAUUACAAGUAUUAAAUAUAUGUAAACAUAUUUAUUUUUAAUAAUAUUUGUUAAAUUGUGUGUUUACUUAAGUAAUUAUUUAAAUUAAUAUUUGCUUUUUAUUUUAUGAAAUUAUAUUUACAUAUAUAGAGAUGUCACCUGUACAUAAAAGUUAUGAUUAAAAACAAUGACAAAAUAAAAACAGAAGCCGUAUAAAUGAGUCAACUACAAAGGCCGCAUACCGCCUCACUCAAAUUUUUUUUUUCCUUUUUUCACAAAAAUUUUAAUAUCAUAAUAUUUACACAUUAUAUUUACUGUACAUAUAUAUUACUAUACAUAUAUUAUGUGUGUUUACACAAAAUUUGUAGGUGUAAAUGAGUGUAUAAACUUGAAUUAGCAUACAAAUUUAGUGUAUAUUUCCAAACAAACAUAUGUAUGUAUACGUAUAUAAUGUUAAUAUUAAUCUAUUAUAAAAUUUUACUUAAAUUUUUCUAUAACAGUAUCUAACAAAAUGAAUAAUGUAGAAAAAAUUUUGAAAUUUUUACAUUAUGUAUAAAAAUAAAGUGAUGCACUUUAAAACAUAUGUGGUAUAGAAUUGCAAAGGCAUGAAGGUCAUUUCUUUUUCAUUUUGCACAAAAAUAUUUAUUUUAACUACUUUUUAAAAGAAAAUAAACUAAAAUGCAAAACAUAAAAAGAAAAAUAAAGUGAAGACAAAAAAAAAACAUAACAUACAAAACAUAUUAAAUGAAAUUAUUUACACACCUGUUUAUGCUUGUCAAAAUAUAUAUGUAGUGAAGACGCAUUUAGCUAGAGGAAUAUACCAAAAUUUAAAAAAUCAAUUCUCAACUUGCAAAUGUGCUGUAUAUAGUUUCACUAACCACUUUUACACUUAUUUUAGUUGGACAGUUAAAUAAAAUUAAGAUGUUUUAUAUUGUUGCGGCAAUAAAAACAACUACGGUGUAAACUUUUUUUAUAAAAAUUUUAGGUUAGGUUUUGUUUUUGCCAAAUUUGUGAAAAGUAUCAACAUAAGUAAUUAUUAAAAAAUCGCUUUCAAUUUUUGUUUACAUUUGUAAGUUGAAACA